GGACUCGCUUUCCCAGGCUGCCCCGCGCGAAGCUGCCCAAGCUCUGGCGGAGGGUUGUUAUUGUGGCGGCCCGGCCCCUAAAAGAGACUCGGCUCGGAGAUUAAAGAUGGCGGCGGCGGCGGGAGGAGGAGGAGGCAGCGGGGGCUCCUCCUGGGCCUCGGUGCCGCGGGGCCGCUUCCCGGGCAGGCCUGGCGGGUGCCGCGGGCGAGGCGCCGGGGCCGGGAGCCGCGCGCGGGUCUCUCUGCUGGCGCCGCGGCUGCUGCUGUGGGCGGCGGCCGGGGAGGGCGAGCGGGCCGCGGCUGUGGCGGCGACGGUGGCGGGAGACACCACCCUGGGCAGCCUGCUGGGCCUCAGCCGCGGGUGGAGACGGCUCCAGCGCCUCUUGGGGAGCGUCGGCGGCGGGAGCGGGAGCAGCAGCAGCGAGGACGAGCCGGAAGAGUUCCUGGGCUUCCAUUUGGAGGAUGAAGUCACUCAGAGCUCACGACGGGCUGCAUUGAGAUCUAAAAGAGGUACAGCUCUGCCAGUGCGUAAAAAAGAGAGAAAAAAGAGAGCAGCUACUGAAGACACUCCUCCAAAAAGGCUUGUCAAGCAGAAGGCUGUGGAAUCCCAGCGGGAACGAAUGGUAAAAGCCUUGGCAGAGCUGCUCCAGAAGAGCAAGAGAUCUCCAGCAAGGAUAGGUCGACCACCAAUUUCUGGCCCUAAAGUUGGUAGGAAGCUUCCUAAACAGACUAAACAAGGCCCAGAGCCCGACGAUUCCAUAAAAUCCACAAUUUCUCCUACCCUUUCAUCACAAAUAGAGAAAACCAUCAACUCAAUUGUGUCACCCAGGCCACGAGGCCGACCACCAGGCUCCUCCAGAAAAAGACUUGUUACAGAAGCUGAAUCUCCUUGUGAAAGCACUAAAGCACCAUCUUCCAUUCCAGAACCCAGCAUAAGCCCUCAAUCAUCUUCACCAUGCCAAGUAGACAGCCCAUCCUCUCAGCCUCCUGAAGAUUUGAAGAAACCACCGCUCAUCCUGAAGUUCUUCUCAAAGGCUAGGCGGCAUAAAUCUGACACCUGGCCAUAG